AUUUUGAAGAGUGUUUAGCUAUGGUUCGUGCUCCUCGACUCCUCUGUUUCGGUGCUACGUGCAGUGCGUUUAUUGCAAUUAAAUGUGCUUUGUUUAUCGUUCUUUAAUUGAACUAAAUGGAGGAAGAAAGCACAUUAAAGCAUUUAAUCAAAGCAAUUCAACACGGAGAGCUGUGCACAGUUAGACACCAACUCAAUGACCACGUCAACAAGCAGUCUGUCAUCUAUACACAUUUUGGGAAAUCUGGAGAUACUUUAUUGCACUAUGCUGCGAGAUACGGACAUUUGGACAUUUUACGUUAUCUGGUAGACGAGUUGGACAUGGACAUUGAGGUGUACAACAACGACUACAAAAGAGUUUUGCAUGAGGCUUCUUCCAUGGGUCAUUAUGGGUGCGUGCGAUAUCUUAUUGCCAAAGGAACAAAAAUAGACAGUUUAAAGAAAGCAGACUGGACUCCUCUUAUGAUGGCCUGUACCCGACGGAACCUUGACGUCGUCUCCGAGCUUCUGGAUCACGGUGCGGACCCAAUGCUACAGAACAAGGAUGGGUGGAACGCAUUCCACAUCGCAUGCAGAGAAGGAGAUCCAGCCAUCAUACAGCACCUCCUACUGGCCAAACCAGAGGUGUGGAAUACAACGAGUAAAACUGGCAGGACACCUCUCCACACUGCUGCUCUGCAUGGCUGUGAGGAUGCAGUUAAGAUUCUGCUUGAGAGGUGCUCCUAUGUGCCUGAUGGGAAAGAUAGUUGUGGAGUCACACCGUUUAUGGACGCCAUAAGGAAUGGACAUAUAGCUAUAGCUAAAUUGCUACUCGAGAAUCACAAAGCAUCUGCCUCUGAGGUUGAUGUUCUCGGAGCUCAGCCCUUGCACCAGGCCUCUGUGACAGCUCAGGAGGAGGCGCUGUCUUUUCUUGUUCGUAAUCUUGGUAUCGAUGUAAACGGAAGAGCCACAAAGCUGGAGUUGACAGCACUGCACUAUGCUGCUAAGGAAGGUCACACGGGUACUAUAAAAAACCUGCUUGCCCUUGGCGCCGAUCUGCAUGCUAGAGACACAAAAGAAAGAUCAGCUCUACACAUGGCAAGCAUUGGCCAGCAUGCAGAAACUGUUAGGACGCUACUACAACUGGGACUUUCAGACACCAAAGACAAUGCCGGCAAUACAGCCAGACAGUAUGCCAAAAAACCUGACAUAAGAAAGGUGUUUGAAAGUCUUGAAAUGUAAAUUUUGACCAGAUCUAAGACUAUGAAUAAAUUAUUGCUUUAAAUCAUGUGCAAAAUAAACAUUUUUCUCAUGAAAU